AUGUAAUUUCUUGUCACUAGCUUAUAUAAAAAUUUACAUAAAAAUUUCAAAGAAAAAAUUCUUGUAAUACCCAAACAUAAGCUAUUGAGAGAAAAUUAAAAAAAAAAUUCAACUUGUCUAAAUCAAAUAUGCCGAAAGCCAUACAGGGAAAAGAAGUUUUGGAGGCGCUUGCCGAGUUUAAGGAGCCCGUGACCUUGGAGGAAAUCGUUCGGUACGUUGCAGAAGCUAGUUCACAAUCAGCAGAUAAAGUGAAGAAGCUGGUCGAGGAUGUAUUGAAUGGUGGAGUGCGGUAUGGUUUUGUGCAGAAGCACAAUGAGUUCUAUUACCGGGUAUGCGACGCUGUGGAUGCUAUAGAUGAUAGCACCGAGAUGGACGACGAUGACGAAAUCGAUAGUGCGGAAAGUUUGGAGAGUGUGGACAGUGGGGACGUAACACCUGAACCGAAAUCAAAAAAGGGCACAGAGUCAAGGCCAGUUAAUACACGCAUGCCCUCACGAAAGGUAUCGAAAACGAAAAAAAUCAACAAAUACGAAAAGGAUCGGAGAAGUAAAAAACCGAUGGAUAUGCUCAGCGACGAAGAAGAGGAGGAAGAUGAAGACGAAUAUGCCCACGAUGAACACCGAAGUAGGCGAUCCCAUAAGUGCUGUAGUGACUGCGACAGUUUCCACCGCACACAGUCGAUUGACGACCACGGUUACUUGCGGGCUCGGAGUCGCUCGGCAUCGCGCCGUCGAUAGAGCAAUGCUGGCUAGAAAACGUCAUUUGUUGUCGUAUGAGUAAAAUUAGUUUAACAUAGUAAAAAUUGUCUGUGAAUUGUAAAAUUUAUAGUAGAAAAUAAAAAAAUGUGCAAUUUGAUUGAUUAAACAAAGAA